CCAUGGCUCAAACCAGUUCAGAAGCUAAGAGUGAUUCUACGUACUACCAUGGCGGAUGAUGAUGCGUCAUGAAAUCGUCGAAAUUCGGGUCGAGGUCUCGGCUUUGAGGCGGUGGUACUGUGAAUCAUUGCUUUGCGUAGUUUGCCGGUGGGGUGGAUGAGAGGAAGGAGGAAGAGGGGAUUUGCUACCGAUUAGAGUAGAGUUUGAAAUGUUUAGAGUGGGAUUUAGUUACAAUUGACCGAUUGUGUCCUUCGGGAUUACAUGAGCUAGGUCGCGUUUUGCCAUUGCCGCAUGUUUUUUCUUGUUUUCAGCCUUUAAGUGAAUUAGGUCUUUCUUUCUAGGCAUUAGAAAUGUAAAUAUUGCUGGAGCGUCGUGAGCCAUGAGUAUUUCGAUGAGGAUUGCAGUCAGAUGUCAACCAUGGUUGACAGUGUUUUGAGCUGACGAAUUGUUCUUUCGUUUGAGCAUUUCUAUCCAGAAAGAGCGGAGAGUGGAGGUUGCAGUCAUAAUUGGAUGUGGAGGAGUGGGAUUUGAUUUCGUUCUAGAUUGGUCUUGUUUCUUAGUUGGUAGAGUGGUAGACAGAAACAAAUGGAAACAUGCGCAUUGAGUGGAGUUUUGCAUUUGGAAAGAGUGAGGGUCACCCCUAUCCUGGGCACUAGCAAUUGUAGCGCUUUGAGAAGGGAAGAGGCGAGAGACAUUGAGCGGAAGAAAUUAGGGCGUGCCAUGCGGUCGCAAUUUUUCGGAAGGCAGCAACUGACGGGAAGGAUACAGCCAAUAUUUGAUGUAGGCUAUUCUCAAGGUUGCAACCUUAACCGUCAGCUCCGUAGCGCUUACACAACCACAGAGAAAAUUGUUGGGGGUCUGACUCAGGUGAAGGAAACCGGCAAACGAAGAUUGAUAUUGCUCCGCCAUGCCAAGAGUUCAUGGGCAGACCGUUCAUUGAAAGAUCACAAAAGGCCGCUGAGCAAUAAAGGUCGUUUAGCAGCAGCUAAUAUUGCAAGCAAAUUGGAAAAGCACAGCUGGGUGCCUGGACUCAUCCUUUGCAGUGACUCUCAAAGAACACGGGAGACGUUGCAUAUUAUGCAAGGACGGUAUAGCGCUUUGGCAGAUGCAGAUGUUCGGUUUCUUGGCAGCUUCUACUCUGUGGCAGCUAUGGAUGGACAGACUGCCCAACAUAUUCAGGAGAAUGUGCUGAAAUACGCUGGAGAUGACAUUACCACCAUCAUGUGUAUGGGACACAAUAGAGGUUGGGAAGAGGCUGCUAGUCAAUUUUGUGGCGUUGCUGUUGAAUUGAAGACUGCAAAUGCUGCUCUUCUGGAAGCUCCUGGCAUUUCAUGGAAAGAAGCAUUUGAGAAAGCUGGAAUGGGAGGCUGGAAGCUAGUAGGCAUCAUGAAGCCAGAUUCUAUGUCUGAUAUCGAGUAUGAGGCAGCAUAGUUGGUCUUCCAAGUGGCAAGUUUUGUUGUAGAGGGAUAUGUUUUCUGUCAAGUAUGACACAAGGUCCGCUCAAGCCUUGCAUGCUUCCAGAACAUGUUGAAUACUAAGUUCCACCGAGGACAUCGAUGACACUCAUGCCGCAACCUCGUUGUUGUGAA